CUUACAUUAGAACUAGUAAUCGACAAAAAGAUUGCAUUUAGAUUAUUCAGAUUAUCUCGCGAUGAGUGAAAGAUUCAAGACUGGAUAAGGUUAAAGGCCAAAGGGUCUCCAUACUGCCCUCUCUCCUUCCCCUUUGGAAUUCCCCUGGAAAAGUAUUUCAAUCCCGACAGGGCUUGACAAUGGGAUUAGCUUCGGUUGUCCACCCGGGCAUGCCAUGUGUUUCGCCGCCUUCCAAUUGCUCUCGGCUUCAACUUACUCACCACCAUAUCUUCAGUUUGCGCACAGUUGGUCAUGGUCGUCGAGCUGAAUAUUUUCCAAUUGCUUGCUCCAGAGGAACCGAGCAGGAAGAUCAUUUCUCUCCCUCAGGUGAAUUUUAUUGCUCCAGAGGAACCGAGCAGGAGGAUCAUUUCUCUACCUCAGAAAGGAAGAGAAUCGGUUCUCAGUCAUACGAUGAGAUUUUCAACGCUGAUCCCGAUAACACUCCAGAUGCGAUCAAUAAUCUAGAAAAAUCCCAGGGGCAUGAAACUUAUGCAUCUUCUGUUAGAAAUGUUUCCUUUUGGGUGUGCGCUGCGGUGGCAUUUGGCAUUGGAUUAGGUUUCAAAGAUGGACUUGGCAAGGCAUCAGAGUUUUUUGCUGGGUAUAUAUUGGAGCAAAGUUUGUCAGUGGACAAUCUUUUUGUCUUUGUUCUGAUUUUCAAGUACUUCAAAGUGCCCUUUAUGUAUCAGAAUCGUGUACUUUCAUAUGGUAUUGCUGGUGCAGUCGUCUUUCGUUUGACAUUGAUUCUUCUUGGAGCAGCCACUCUUCAGAGGUUUGAGGCAGUGAACCUGCUACUGGCUGCAAUACUCUUAUUCUCGUCAUUUAAGCUAUUUUCCAGUGAAGAAGGCGACACUGACUUAUCUGACAACUUUGUAGUGAAGACAUGCCAAAGAUUUAUACCCGUCACAACUAACUAUGACAGUGAUCGAUUUAUAACUGUUCAGAAUGAUGUCUGGAAAGCCACACCUUUGCUUCUCACAGUGGCAGUUAUUGAGCUCAGUGACAUAGCAUUUGCGGUUGACUCAAUACCUGCAGUUUUUGGUGUUACACGGGACCCUUUCAUAGUUUUUAGUUCUAAUCUCUUCGCCAUCUUAGGUUUGAGGUCACUAUACACACUUAUUUCUGAAGGCAUGUCAGAUUUGGAGUAUUUACAGUCGGCAUUCCCACAUUCCUUUAUAUCAGCCAUCCAUUGGUGUUGUCCUGGGCUUUAUUGGGUGCAAGAUGAUCCUGGACUAUUUUGGAUUCCAUAUUUCAACUGAGGCAUCUCUUGGUUUUGUAUUCACUAGUCUUAGUGUCGGAGUAGUGUUAAGUCUAAUGAAUAAGUCUGACUAAUUAAAUACAGGCACAAAGGCAGGUACGUAAAAACUACUAUUUUAUUUAUUUGUUGCAAGUAUUUCCCAACCAAUGAAUAAAAUUCCUUUUUCCUGCCA